AUUAUAUUUCAAGGCGGAAUUUAGUAAAGUGAGAACAGAAGUCGACGUUACGCGGCAUCAAAACAUCACCGGUGUUGUUGACGGAUCUCAGUUACUCGUCAUGUUUCGGAAUCAGUAUGAUAAUGAUGUCACAGUGUGGUCUCCGCAAGGGCGCCUCCACCAGGUGGAAUAUGCCAUGGAAGCAGUGAAACAGGGUUCUGCUACUGUGGGUGUCAAGAGCUCAUCCCAUGCUGUACUGGUUGCCUUAAAGAGAGCUUCUUCGGAACUUGCAGCUCACCAGAAGAAAAUAAUGCCAAUUGACAAACAUAUUGCUGUUUCAAUCUCAGGACUGACUGCUGAUGCUCGUGUCUUAUCAAGAUUCAUGCGGACAGAGUGCUUAAAUGAACAGUUUGCUCAUAAUCAGGCUCUAUCCUUAAAUAAACUGAUGGAACGUGUUGGUGCCAAAAUGCAGAUUGCAACUCAGCGCUAUGACAAGAGGCCAUAUGGUGUUGGUCUUUUAUUAGCAGGCUUCGAUGAAGAUGGCCCCCAUAUCUACCAGACCUGUCCCUCUGCUAACUACUAUGACUGCCAGGCCAUGGCAAUAGGUGCACGUUCCCAGAGUGCUCGUACCUAUCUUGAACGCCACCUUGAUGAGUUUCGCAGUUCUACUCGGGAAGAGCUUAUCCGUCAUGCACUACGUGCUCUUAGAGAUACUCUUCCAAAUGAUGUUGAACUCACCAAUAAGAACUGCAGCAUAGCAAUAGUAGGUAAAGGUGAGGAUCUUAGUAUAUAUGAUGAUGAUGAUGUAAAUCCAUACCUGGAAGGCCUAGACCAAGAGGAACGACGGGGUGGUGCAGGAGGAGCUAGAGACGCUCAACCACCAGCUGCACCUACUGCUGCUGGUGAGGAGGAUGAUGCAGCCUCUGCACCUCCACCACCUCCAACAGACGAGCAGCCACAGGGCGAUUCAAUGGAGACGGACUAAGACUGCAUCCUUCAGUAUGUCUGUAUUUGGGUUUAGUUUAUUUUUUCACUUUUAAUUUUGAAAUGGAUGUUUUAAGAUUAGAAGCUGCACAUGAUACAACUUAAUUUAACAUUUAUAAUAUAUAUCAGAAAUCUUAGUUUGUGCUAUCUUGUCUUUGGUGGAUAUUUUGUUACCUUUAACCCUUGUGAAAUUACUUAAUAAAAAGUUAUAUACAA